GUUACAGUACACAACAAAAUCACACAUUUCACCUGCGUGCUCAGCUGUUUACAGACUUGUCGGCACAGCACAAACUUUUUGGAGGAAGGACCACAAUGCGCAAUUACGCACGGGACUGAAGGAAUUUAACGAGCAGCGUCUCUUUUUGUUUCUCCUCCAGGGGAUUCGCUGCCCACAGUUUUGAGUUCUCUCCAUUUACAGAGACGAUAUCUAUGCACGACGUCAUCAGUGCAGCUCAAGCCUCUCCUCACCUCCUGACUCUGAAGGUAACUAUACAGUCCUCUAUGUGCACAGGACAGGAUGGGAUGCUCCACCAGUUCCCAAACUUCAGCGGUAGAUACGACUCGACCCAGUGCAAAGCCCGAGGAGAGCAACGGAGCCAGCACAACAGGGGUGGCAAAUGAGAAUGGCAAAGUAGCCGAGGACAGCGAAACUAUUCCGGACCAGACACCCGCUGGGGGUGGCGAUGCUAAACCUGCAGAGGAACCUGCUGCAGCUGCAGCAUCUGCAGACACCACCGCUGCUGCUGCACCACCUGCAGGGGAGGAGCCUCAGCCACCCGCAGCCAGUUCACCUACAGAGGCAGCAGCAGAAAGCACCACAGAGACAGAAGCAAACUCCUCAGAGCCUGCAGCUUCGGAGCAAGAAAAUGCAGAGGCCACCGCCACUGAUUCAGAGCCCAAAACAGAGGAGGCACCAGCCCCCAGCGAGUGAAGUGAAACAUGAACGACUGCAUGGAUGAGUUUGUUGGAAGUGUCUUACCUUGUUUGUAUGUUCGUCUGAAAGCAUGUGUAGGUGUGUGUUUGUGUGUGAAAGACUUCACCUUGUUGCCAAGAUGCAGAUCCCUGUGAUAAACCCCUUUCAGUCAGGGUUCCUCAGUCAUCACUGUGCCUUCUUCUCCUCAUGAUGGUGUGUGGCUGCAAUUUCUGCUCGCAAACUGCAUAUAGACAGACAUCUAAGGCACUUCGUGUUUGUUUUCAGAGGAUGUCCUCAUUUCAGGAUAAAUUAAAUGAUAAAUUGUCUUUUAAAUUUCUAUGUAUUACCUGUAUGGAAAAUGAUGAUAGCAGGUUUUCUUGAUUUAACCUAAGAGUUCAUUCUGUACUUUUCUACAAAAUUAUAAUUCUAAGGAAACCAAAGCCAAAGUUUAUUUGAUUUUUAAAAUUAUAUUAUUUUUGGGUAGCUGGCUUUGAUUUUACAACCAUGUUUGUAAUGAAUAUGAAAAGCUGAGACUGUCAACAUUAAUAUAAGAGCACGAAUGAGAUAAAAGUAUAUGAGACCUUUUUUUUUUUUUGCUUCUGAUGUGUCAUUUUUUCUCUCUGGGAAGACGACCUGAAAUCUGUAAUAAGCUAUGAGCAGUCAAAAAAUUAAAAGGCUACCUUAAAAAAAUGA